AUGGAGCCUAGUUUGGGCGAAGAUGUGAACACUUUGGCUUCUGAGACCAGCAAGUGGGUCAUUUGGCGAUGGAACUCUGCAUAUCCAGAUCUUCAAACUGAAUCCCCUAAAGCACUUGGAGGAACAUUAUUGUCAGUUUCUUUGUUUUCACUCACAUCUUGUGAUGAAAAGUUAGCUUCAAAAUCAGCAAAACCUGCAUUUCCAAAAUCUGCCCAACCUGCAUCAUCCCCAGAAGGAGCUGGAGCUGUAGUUGGAUCAGAACUGCAAGCCCAUGGAUUGACAGCAUCAACAGCAACAGAGUUUGUGGCUAGUAAAGCAGCAAGUAAUUUGGCAAUAUGCAGUCUUGUAUUACCUAAUGGAGGGUCCAAAGCACCAGCUGUUGUUUUGACAGAAGGAACUGAAGGCCCAGACCAACAACCUGGUGGUGAAGACUGUUCAACUCAAUAAUGACCCCUAUAGAAAUUAGUCAAAUGGAGUAUUACUUCCUCCUCAUGCUGGUAAUACUACCUGUCAAACUUUUUUUCUCACUUUGGGCAUGGAUGGGCUGGGAACUUUUCAAAAAUAACUGAUAAAAACACUGAAGUGAAUGGCAAGAUUUUUAUCUUCAGAGUUUUUCUGAAAUCAUCAAUUCCAUCAUUCCCAUUCUGCCUCUAUGUUUCCAAACUCUAAACCUUGCAACAUCUUUACGAGUGACAAUUCCUAUGACCUAAAAAACAAGAGCAGUUAGAUUACUUUAUAAAUACCAGAACAUGUUAAUAAAAUAUUAAAUACAUUUUGAAGAAACAAGGAACUAACCUCAUUUGAGUCAUUAACAAUGACUAAAUGCCUUAAACCAAGGCCUCUGAAUAAACGGAAAACCCGGGGAAGUGAUGCAGACUACAAAAGAAUUCCUCUAAAUACCAACAUUAAAAUUAGCAAAUAAAAUAUUAAUUAUUUUAUUUUACUUACAUGUAGAAGUGUGUACGACGCUGGAUUCAUAAAAGGUCUCAGAUCAAUUGUGAACAAACGUUCUUCUUGGGUAACACUUACAUCCUAUGAAUGAAUUCGGAAAUACAUUCAUAAGAAAUCUAAGAAAAUAUGUGAUAAAUUAAGAAAGCAAAACAAUAUUUCUUCACCUUAAUACUUUGAUAGCGAGGAUAAGCCUUCCAAAACAUUUUAAUUGACACUUGCUUAGGAUUCCAAAUUUCUACAGAUUCAUUAAAUAUCUUAUUUUGUAACAGAACAAUCAAUUGAGACCGUAAAAUAAUUCCUCGGUAAGUUCCACAAGUUUUCAUACUAUCCUAAAAGUGAACAAAGAAACAUGUUAGCUCAAUUCAAUAAUAUUGAACGAUAUGUUGUUUUAAUAGAGUAAGUGAUUUACCGCAUCUUGACAUUGUUGAUCUACUAUUGGAAAUCCGUUGUGAGUCUCUGAGCGAAGAACAUCGAUGAUAUGUCCAACAUUUUCAACAGCAUUAAAGGUUACAACAGGAUGACUCAUUAUACCACUAGCAUAAAUAUUGUUGGAAAGGGGUGGUGGUUCCCAUGGCAAGAGUGGUACACCAGCCAACUGAAUAUGAAUAUCGUAUAUGCCCU